AUGUCACCUGAUGAUUUUGAAUUCCUUUGCGGGGAUGUGAUAAGACAAGGAGAAGAUGCUGAGAAGUUGUUAUUAAUACAGUAAGAAAAAAUAUUUUCCAUAUUAAUGUUUCCAUAUACUGUAUGUGUACUGUAGACCAAGCUAACUUUGCAGAAUCUGUUGUGGGAUAAUUGUUUCAAUAAUAUUAUAACUUUAUCCUGCAACAGGCCUUCAAAUGCAUGUACCGGCACAAUAACGGAUCCGAAUUAUUGCAGUAGUUACACAAUACCGGACUCGCUUCUCAUGGUCAUAACAUUGAAUUUUGCAUUUUUAAAGAUGUCUUACUGUACCUCCUACUCAAUAUAUUGCAAUAGCAUUUCAAAAUACCAUGAAAACUGUACAAGGCAUGCUCCCAAAUGUUGAUAUUAACUAAAAGUGUGCAGGUCAAAUGUUCAUGUGAACUAAAAAGCGAAUUUUGUAUUGUGCAUGUAUUAACCACCGCUGCCUAUUUUGGAUAUUUAAUAAUAUGACUACUACUGUAAAUAUAAAGGCAGGAUAAACUACUGUAUACAACUUUUGCCUAAAACUGUCGCAUACAACCUGCAUAUAUAUAUAUAUAUGUACAACUUGAGUGUCUGGGUAAACCAAGCACACAACUAUGGCUAUGACAACGUAUUAAAGCGAAUUUAAUACAGUCAGUCAACUUGUGUGCUUGAUAUUUUACACAGUACAACUCAAGUUGUACAAGCAGGUUGCAUAAGGCAAAAGUUGUGUAGUGUAAAUCUGCCUUAACACACAAAACACUCACCAAAUAUCCAGCUAAUAAUAUAUGCAGAUAGCCAAUCUCCACAAUUUUGAAAGGUCUUUCGCCCAUGUUUUUUAUUAUUAUGCAUAUUUAAUAUAUUAUAAUACGGUAGUAUUAAAUUUGCUACAUUUAAAUUGAAAAAGUAACAAUAUUUUACGUGUAAACAAAAAUUCCUUAUAAAAUUCCUUAAAAAGUUUCAAUUUUCCUCAAAGGAAUUUUCAAUAAUUUCUGAAGAUACCAUUGAAAUGCUGCCUCGUCCCCAGGCGCUAAUAAAAAAAAUUUCAUGCGAGUCACUAUAUGAAAGGUUUACAUGAAGUAGUGCGUCACAUUCUAGGCGCGCAAAAGGGGAGUGGGAUAUGAGCGUUCUGGUUAGCGCCUGGCCGAUCUUGUAUAAAUAGCUGUCGAACAUACAAGUAAACAACAGAUCUAAAUAUAAAUCCCUUCAUGUAUAUCACCACAAAGAAAUAAAGCUAUCCUUAUCUGAAUUAUUCAAAAUAUUGUCGAUCGUUUGCAUCGUGAAAAUCAAACAUACUGCAUGUAAAUAAGCACGUAACUGAAAUCCUGAGACGAAUCUUGCAAAUGCAAUUCAAAAUAAAGUCGCAUCGCUCCCUUGUUUAAAAAACGUCUUGUAGCUGUAUAUUUUUAAAAUAAAUUGCUCAAUUUUGAUGCCUCAAGCCCAUAACCCCCUGCGCUUGUUCAUCGCGAUGCACUACUUCAUGCACUACUUCAUGAAAUUUUUAAUUAGCGCCUGGAGACGAGGCAGAUUGAAAUGUAAGAAAUUACAUAAAUAGAAAGUGGAAAUUUAAAGUGGAAAGUGGAAAAUAUUUCACUCAGUCAAUGGUGUGAUUAAAACUGUUUUAUGGCUAAUUUGGUAAUAUUUGGCUAAUACAACGAGCGUGCACAUGUUCAAUAAUAAGUUAUGAUUUUAUAUUUUAAAGGUAUGUUGACUGGCUGGUGACAACUUUUAAUGAGGAAUUACCGGAUGAAAACUGGAGGAUACCAGACCCUCACCCAUCUGCUGUUAGUGCUACGACAGUGGAUAAUCGUGACAAUGAUUAUCACAGGUUAGUUAAUACUGUAGAAAGACACACUAGAUGCAGUCCAGCGUAUUGCUUGAAACAGAAAAGAGUGGAUCUGCUUGCAGAAUGCAGAUUUGGUUUUCCAAAGCCAUUACAAGAAGAAACAGAACUGAGUCUUGAGCUGGUGGUAAGUAAGAAUACUAAGUCUGUUGAGUCAGAGUUACAUACCAAACGAAAUGAUCAAAGAUUAAAUUCGCAUAACAGGGUGAUGCUCGAAAACUGGCGGGCAAAUGUAGAUUUGCAAGUCAUUGUAGAUGAGAAGGCUUGUGCAAGAUACAUGGCCAAGUAUGCUGCGAAAGGAGAACCCCGAUCAAAAUCGGCGUCAGAAAUACUAAAAUUGUCUGUGUCCUCAUUACAGAAUGAUAAUCAAGUCUCUUCGGCCUUCAAGAAAGCAAUGAUCCAAGUUGCUGGGGAUAGAGAUAUGGCAGCACAAGAAACUGCGCAUAUGUUACUUAGUCUACCGCUGGUUGGCUGCACAUUUAGUUUUGUUACUAUUUCUUUAGAUAACAGCAGGAAGGUUAAUAUUGAUGCAGAAAACGAAGGCGAUGAGGUACUUCAAAAAUCUGCACUACAAGAAUGUGGAGAACGUGCAAAAUUGAAGAGUAGGUAUACAGGCUUGUCUCAGCUAAAUCUGAUGCAAUAUAUGUCACAGUACACCAAAGUCAGAGGUGAGUUGACAAAACGAGCAAAUCCGUACAUUGUCAGAACAUUUCCAAAGAUUUCCGCUACUGCAAAUAUCAGCUGA